AUGCAGAGUGAGACUGAUCCCUAUGCAGUUCCUAAGACCAUGGGAAUUUUCCAAAUGCUUGAGAGCCCAAAAGAUAUUACUACCACUUUGGUAGCCCAAAGGAUAAUCACCAAUCAUCAGAUUUACAUGAUACGCAAUACCAAGAAGGAAGCUAGUGAGAAGAAAUAUUAUGCUGAGAAGCAAUAUGUCUCAGGAGAUUGA